AGGCGGCCUCGACGACCCGGCGGGGCGGCCGGCCAGUCCUCGCCCGCCGCCACAAGAAACGUAACCAUGGCUGACCUGAAUGCUUACAUUGCUGCUCUGGAGAAGAAGCUGGCAGAGCUGUCUGGGAUAGAAGUUGAUCAGAUCCACAAAAACCAGCUUGCCAAUGCAGCAGAUGAGGCUCGUGCCAUUACUGAAAUGGCGGAGUAUGUGUCCAGCAUUCAAGUACAGCAACCAGGUGUAGCAGAGGCAGGAGUAGUCAACCCACAGAUUGCUGCAGUUUACGACUACAUUAAUGCUGAACUUGGUGAGGCUAGAGGAGCCCAUUCUCUGCCACCACUAAAAUACGAGUAUUCGGCACUGGAACCUCACAUUUCUGCAUUGAUAAUGGAGAUCCAUCACCAAAAACAUCACAAUGCUUAUAUCACAAACCUUAAGGCUUGUACUGAAAAACUGAAACAGGCUGAAGAAGCAAAUGAUGUUGGAGCCAUGAAUGCCCUGUUACCAGCUAUAAAGUUCAAUGGUGGCGGGCAUCUUAAUCACACCAUCUUCUGGACGAACAUGGCUCCUGAUGCUGGCGGCGAGCCCUCUGGUCCCAUUGCUGAUGCCAUCAAUGAAGAGUUUGGCUCUUUCCAGAACUUCAAGGACAAGUUCUCUGCAGCCAGUGUAGGAGUAAAGGGAUCAGGAUGGGGCUGGUUGGGCUACUGCUCAAAGAAUGACAAACUAGCUGUGGCCACCUGCCAGAACCAGGAUCCUCUCCAGCUUACAUAUGGUCUGAUACCCUUGCUUGGACUUGAUGUCUGGGAACAUGCCUACUAUCUCCAGUACAAGAACCUACGUGCUGAGUAUGUCAAGGCAUUCUUUAAUGUAAUAAAUUGGUCUAAUGUGAAUGAACGCUAUGAAGCGGCCCGCAAAUCUGCUGGACACUGACUAAUUAACUUGCCUUCUGAAUUGCCUAGGAACACUUUAGUUGCAGUUGCAUCACAUUUGUGAAGUUGACAUUAAACUGCUCAUCUGUUCAUGUGGAAAGUUUAUUGAAAGCCAGUAAAUAUGUUAGCACUGGCUGUUGUAACUAGGAAAUUCCUUUUCGGUGGUUAUAGGAAGCGAGUGCAUUAAAUAUUCAGUGUAUUGUACCUAUUAUAAAAUAAACUUUAUUUCCUGCA